UCGUGGCACCUGCUCCGAAAGAGUGUGAAGUGAAGACUCAACGUGCUUACUUACUCGGCCGAGUUGACCGAGCGAAAAAUAAGAAUCACUCACAUGCCCGCCGGCACGCACGCACGCACUGACUCGGUGACUUACUCACUCGCUCCUUGCGGACACUAUUUAAAUUAAAAACCUCUUCCUUCCACUUCUCCAUCGGCUUCGUCUUCUUUCUCGUUCUUACUUUGACGGUUUCUAGAGAGAGAAAGUGAUGGCCGGAGUUAAUCCAAACGGCGUCGCCGAUUUUGCGGCGGUUCCGACGCAUGGCGGACAGUUCAUUCAGUACAACAUAUUUGGAAACCUCUUCGAGGUUACGACGAAGUACCGUCCUCCGAUCAUGCCUAUCGGACGCGGCGCGUACGGAAUCGUUUGCUCACUGUUGAAUACCGAGACGAACGAGCUGGUGGCUGUGAAGAAGAUAGCGAACGCUUUCGACAAUCACAUGGACGCUAAGCGUACGCUUCGUGAGAUUAAGCUUCUUAGGCAUUUGGAUCAUGAAAAUGUAAUUGGUUUGAGAGAUGUUAUUCCUCCACCCUUGCGUAGAGAGUUUAAUGAUGUCUACAUAGCCACUGAACUCAUGGAUACUGAUCUUCACCAUAUCAUUCGCUCCAAUCAAAAUCUGUCAGAGGAGCACUGCCAAUACUUCUUGUACCAGAUUCUUCGUGGGCUUAAGUAUAUACAUUCUGCAAACGUAAUCCAUAGAGAUUUAAAACCAAGCAACCUGCUGCUAAACUCAAACUGUGAUUUAAAGAUUAUUGAUUUUGGUCUUGCGAGACCGACUUUGGAAAGUGACUUCAUGACAGAAUAUGUAGUCACAAGAUGGUAUAGAGCUCCCGAAUUGUUGUUGAACUCCUCUGAUUACACCUCUGCUAUAGAUGUGUGGUCUGUUGGUUGCAUCUUUAUGGAGCUUAUGAAUAAAAAGCCUCUGUUUCCGGGCAAAGACCAUGUGCAUCAGAUGCGCCUAUUGACAGAGCUUCUUGGCACCCCAACUGAGGCUGACCUUGGGUUAGUGAAAAAUGAAGAUGCAAGAAGAUAUAUCAGACAACUUCCUCAAUAUCCUCGCCAACCUUUAGCUCAAGUCUUCCCCCAUGUUCAUCCCGCAGCCAUUGAUCUUGUUGAUAAAAUGCUGACAGUUGAUCCCACCAAAAGAAUUACAGUUGAAGAAGCACUAGCCCAUCCAUACCUUGAAAAACUGCAUGAUGUAGCUGAUGAACCAAUCUGCAUGGAGCCAUUCUCAUUUGAUUUUGAGCAACAGCAAUUGGAUGAAGAGCAAAUAAAAGAGAUGAUCUACAGGGAAGCAUUAGCACUGAAUCCUGAGUAUGCUUAAAGCAGAAGACUCAAGGACUUGAAGCAAGCAUAUAAGGAAAAAUAAUAAUUCGUUUUUAAUUUUUUUAUCACUUAAGUUCCCUGCUUACAAGCAGGAAACGAUCAAGUUGAAUGAAAAUUCAAUCUUGUUGCCAAUCAAACUCCCUUAGGUAAUUUAUUCAAUCUGUGUGACUAGGUAGGUGCAAUUACGGCUUCAUGAGCGCCCUUUUGUUGUAAAGUGCCAUGUAACUAUAUUAAUUUCCAUAUAUUUUUUUUAACCCUGACGGCUUAUUGUUGUAAAGUGACAUGUAACAAUAUUCCCUGUUUGCCACA